GAUCGCCAGUGCGCUGUGUCCCUCGGACACAGUGGAUCACGGAAAGAGCCGAAGAUAUCGGCUCGGUCAUGUGAUCAGCUGUGUCCAAUCACAGCUGAUCACAUGGCACUGAUGAUCAGUGUGCCCUGAUGAUCAGUGUGGCCCCAGAAGUGCCACCUGUCAGUGCUCAUCAGUGCCACGUGCCAGUGCCCAUCAGUGCCACAUCAAUGCCACAUAUCAGUGCAUACCAGUGCACAUCAAUGCCACAUAUCAGUGCCCAUCUGAGCUGCCUUUCAAUGUCACACAUCAGUGCCAGUCAGUGCCACCUAUCAAUGCCAAUCAGUGCCACCUAUCAGUGCUGCCAACCAGUGCCACCUAUCAGUGCCAGUCCGUGCCGCCUAUCAGUGCCAGUCAGU